UCUUUUUAAAUUCUUCCAAUUUACUCGAUUAAAAUAAUUAUAUCAGUUGCGCAAAUACUUUAAUCUCGUGCACUCUUCCAAAUGUGUUAUCAGCUCAAUUUUUAAAACAAAAAUGAAACAAAUUAGCAUAUUCAUAGUGUUUGCUAUCAUCACUUUCACGCUUACAGGAUUAAGUGAUAGUAAAAAUAACAGUCCUAAGGUAGAAUGGAAACGAUUCAAGGAAGAAUUCAAUAAAACAUAUGAAUCGAAUGGAGAAGAUGAAAAAAGGUAUAAAAUCUUCAAAAAAAACCUAGUUAAUAUCCUUAAUCAUAAUAAAAGAUACGAAGAAGGGAAAGAAACGUAUUUGCAAGAUAUCAAUAGAUUCGCUGAUUUAACUGAUAAAGAGUUUAGUGACAUCUAUGGUUUGUCAGAAUUAAGUGGAGAUAAUAUAAUACAUUACAAUGAAGAAAUUGUAGCGAACAAAUCAUCUUCAGUCAACGUUUCUUCGGAGUAUUUUGAUUGGAGAGAAUUUGGUGCUGUAACACCUGCUAAAGAUCAAGGAAAAUGCGGUUCAUGCUGGAUAUUUAGUGCGGUGUCAGCUCUAGAGAGUUACAAUUUCAUCCAAACUGGACAAUUACUUUCUCUAAGUGAACAAAACGUGGUUGAUUGCUAUUCCAAUGACACCUGCGAAGGUGGUAGCCCUUACGAAGCAGCUGAUUUUAUACAAGACCAUGGGAUUUAUCUCGAAAGUGACUACCCUUAUACUGCAGGACAAGAUCCUUGUCGGAAUAUAACUAAAUCUAGUAUCCACAUAGACUUUAAUUCGACAUACUUUGCAUUUGGUGGUGACGAAAUGCUUAAGGAAGGUAUUAAACAGCACGGUCCUUUAUCUAUAUGCUUAUACGUUACAGCUAAAUGGAGAUUCUACAGCAGCGGUGUGUGGUAUCACAAUGAAUGUUCCCCGCAUUCUAAUCAUUGCGUUGUGAUUGUUGGAUACGGUACGGAAAAUGGAAACGAUUACUGGUUGAUGAAAAAUUCGUGGGGGAUAAAUUGGGGACAAGACGGUUACAUUAAAGUAGCUAGAAAUAAACAUCCUAAUUAUUGUGGCAUCGAUUAUGGUAUGUACUAUGUAUCAGAGGAAAAGAUAGAAGAAAAUAGCGAAGAAAAUGAAAUAUAAAAUUCAUUUUCAAAUGUCAAAUAAAUGUUAUAUCAUAA